AUGGGCGGGUAUUUCUCCAAAGACCUGGAGGAAUGUCUUCGCAACGAGAAGAGGAACCUCAACAGAUCCAUUAGGGAGUUGGAGCGGGAGAUAUUUAAGCUAACGAAAGAACAAAACAGGAUAGAAAAAGAGAUUAAGGUAAAUUCCAAAAAAAAUGAAAACAUCCCAAUCGUUAGGACACUUGCAAGGGACUACAUCAGCAUUAAGAAGACGAUCACAAAGUACAACAAGCUGAAGUCUCAUCUGUUUUCCAUGAAAAUAAAGUUGCAAAGUGUGAAGUCGUCGGAGCAACUUGGAAGAAGUCUCACAGAGAUAAAUAGAAUAGUUAAAAGAGUAAAUGGAUACUUAAAGUUAAGUUCCCUGAAUAAGUCUAUUAAUGAGUACCAGAAGGAGAACAACGAGGUGUCGUUGAAAGAAGACAUGCUUGACGAUUUGUUCGAAACGUUCGACUAUGACUCAGAGAUGGUUGCCGAGGAAGAUGAACUCGUUACAAAAGUUUUGGAAGGCAUGGGCAUCCAACUAAAUGCGAAGCUGGAGGAUAUACCCUCCCCCGGGGAACUUCCCAAGGUACACGUCAACCAGGUGAACCACAUUGACGUCUCCGACUUGGAGGCGCGACUCAAUAACCUGCGCCUGGGCAAGCCAUAA